GGCUCGGGCUCACUCGCACGCCGCCUCUGUUUGUACACAGUGAGCUCUCCACAGCCGGCUUGCUCCCCGCCUGCUCACGCUUCAUUGUUCUCCAAGUCAGAAACCCCGCAGCCGCCGCGGAGAGAGCGGCCGGAGAAGAGCGCACCGUGUGCGGGUCCGCCCGCGCGGGUGCUGCUGACUCGGAGCCGCCGCGGAAGCCCGUGCCGCGCCCCGCCCCGCCCGCCGCGCCCCGGCCAGGACCCACCCGCAGCGGAGGCUGAGCCCGCCGAGGCUGCCCCAGCUAGCCCACCCUCUCGCGCCCCGGCGCAGGCAAAGGCGAGGAAAGAUUGCUCCUGUCGGUCGCCACUCUUUUUCACCCUCUCCAAGAUUUUGUUUAAGGAAGCGCUGCAGGAAGAAGACAUCUUCUUGAAUUCUCUGCUAGGGGCGAGGUCUGCCGCUGCCCUGCGGUGCCACCUCAGCGACACUGCUUCCCGCUACUACGACCCGCGACCAUUCGGGGUCACGUCCUGAGGCCGGAUCAUGAAGCACUCGGUGGCCGCUUGGCUCAUGGUCUGGCUCAGCCUGGGUAUCCCCCAGUUCUGCAGAGGUGAUAUUUGUGAUCCCAAUCCUUGUGAAAAUGGAGGUUUGUGCUUGUCACAUCUGAAUGGUGAUUCCUAUUCCUGUGAGUGUCCAGAUGGCUUCACAGAUCCCAACUGCUCUAGUGUUGUGGAGGUUGCAUCAGAUGAAGAAGAGCCAACUUCAGCAGGUCCCUGCAUUCCUAAUCCUUGCCAUAAUGGAGGAACCUGUGAAAUAAGUGAAGCAUACAGAGGGGACACAUUUAUCGGCUAUGUUUGUAAAUGUCCCCGAGGAUUUAACGGGAUUCACUGUCAGCAUAACAUAAAUGAAUGCGAAGCUGAACCAUGCAAAAAUGGCGGAAUAUGUACUGAUCUUGUUGCCAACUAUUCCUGUGAGUGCCCAGGCGAAUUCAUGGGAAGAAACUGUCAAUACAAAUGUUCAGGUCCACUGGGAAUUGAAGGAGGAAUCAUAUCAAAUCAGCAGAUCACAGCUUCAUCUACCCACCGAGCUCUCUUUGGACUCCAGAAAUGGUACCCCUACUAUGCACGUCUUAAUAAGAAGGGACUUAUAAAUGCCUGGACGGCUGCAGAAAAUGACAGAUGGCCAUGGAUUCAGAUAAAUUUGCAAAGAAAAAUGAGAGUUACUGGUGUGAUCACCCAAGGAGCCAAAAGGAUUGGAAGCCCUGAAUACAUAAAAUCCUACAAAAUCGCCUAUAGUAAUGAUGGAAAGACUUGGGCAAUGUACAAAGUGAAGGGCACCAAUGAAGACGUGGUGUUCCGUGGAAAUGUUGACAACAACACACCCUAUGCUAACUCCUUCACACCCCCAAUCAAAGCUCAAUAUGUGAGACUCUAUCCCCAAGUUUGUCGAAGACACUGUACUUUGAGAAUGGAACUUCUUGGAUGUGAACUCUCAGGCUGCUCUGAGCCUCUGGGGAUGAAAUCAGGACAUAUACAAGACUAUCAAAUCACUGCCUCCAGCAUCUUCAGAACACUCAACAUGGACAUGUUUACUUGGGAACCAAGGAAGGCACGCCUGGACAAGCAGGGCAAAGUGAAUGCCUGGACCUCAGGUCACAAUGACCAGUCACAGUGGCUACAGGUGGAUCUUCUGGUCCCUACUAAAGUGACUGGUAUCAUUACACAAGGAGCUAAAGAUUUUGGUCAUGUACAGUUUGUGGGCUCCUACAAACUUGCAUACAGCAAUGAUGGGGAACACUGGGCUGUGUACCAAGAUGAAAAACAAAGAAAGGAUAAGGUUUUCCAGGGCAAUUUUGACAAUGAUACCCACAGAAAAAACGUCAUUGACCCUCCCAUCUACGCAAGACACAUAAGAAUCCUUCCUUGGUCCUGGUACGGAAGGAUCACGCUCCGUUCAGAGCUGCUGGGCUGCACAGAGGAAGAGUGAGGACACCGUGCUCCCCUCAACCCUCCUCUCUAUUUCCCUAAAAGUAUCUCCAUGGAAUGAACUGUGCAAAACCUGUAGGAAACUGAAUGAGGUUUUUCAUGAAAAAGUGCUCAAAUUGUGGUAGGCCACUGUCUUUUUUAAAGAUGUCUAAGCUUGCUUUUUCAAUGGUUUAAUUUGACUUUAUGAUUUUAAUUUCUUAACAUCACAUCAUCUGUAAUUUACUUUCCUAAUUGUUUUGUGAGUUAUUCACACUGGUUGAAAUAUAUUAGGGAAAGGAGGAUUUUUUUUUAUAGCAAGAGUAAAAAAGAAGCUCAUAAUAAUCAAAAGAAGCAAACGUAAUUAAAGCUUUUAUAAUCAAUACUCAAUUAAUUACAAAAUAAAUACUGCAAUGUUAGCAAUAAGGAAUUUUUUCUUCUUUAAAUACUCUAUAUUACCCUCAAUUGUUCCCUGUGCCUACCAGUCACUCAGCAUUUAUAACAGAAUUUUGAAGAUGAGUCUGUUUCUUGCAGCACUAAUAACUGAUAGCAUAAAAUUUCCACUUUCAUUAUUUCUACACAGAAAUGAUCUGACCUUUAUUCAUAUUGGUUUUAUGACAUAUUCUUUAUAAUAUAGAUAGCCUGCAUAUUUUUUCCCAAACAUUUCUCCCUAUUGUUUGCUGAGGAGGCAUCACUGUCAUUUAUAUAUGUGGAACAUGACUCAGUAUCCGUAGAUUGAUCCUAUUUAAUAUCAGUAGAUUGAAUCUGCAGUUCUAUUUUUAAAGGAAGCUAUAACUGUAAUUUCUAAGUACUUUGUAAAGUACUUGAUAUUCCAUUUUGCAAAAUAAGCAGGAACAAAAUUGCAUUAAGUUCCUUUAAACUAAAACUUAAACCUUUGUUUUGUUAGUAUUUACAUAGCCUUAUCUUUACUUUAAGAUACUACAAUCAUUAAUUCUCGUCUAUUAAAUAAACAUUUUAUCACACAAUAUUAAUAGAGCAUUACAUCGCUUGGCCAAGCAUACUCAUCAUUUCUUUGUUUAGCUCUGCAUUCUGUGUGAAUUUUAUCGAAAUUUGAAACUAGUGGUGGUUUCCCAGGAAAGCACAUUGGGUAGUUAUUUGUGAGAAGAAAAGUAUUUACUAGUGACAAAGUAGUAAACCAUUUUCAAGAUGAAAAUUGAUUUUUAUUUAUUUUGCUUCAAAGGUCUUGUAAAAAUAACCAAUUAUUAUGACAAUUUGUUAUUGAUAAUGGAGGUUUCAUUGACAUGUCUCGCAAAUUAGAGCUCACACUGCCUCCAUAAAAGUGUUCAGCAUCUGAUUUAUAAGCUUUAUAAGUAUUUCUUUUCUUAAGCUUAGACACACAAUUAUUGGAGUUCUAAGUGAAGGGUUUUGGAAAAGAAAGAAUGUUUGUGUAUAAAAAGUUGAGGUCCUGUGCAACACUGCUAAGUUUUUCCCCUUUUUAUUUGUGCCACAUAACAAAAGCCACUAGACUGUUACUGUCUUGUCUGUCCAUGUAUUCACAGCAUUUCUUGAUGUAUAUAUGGAAUGGUCUUCAAUCAGAGUGAAGAGCUUAAAGAGAAAGUCGAACACGAUGACAUUUCUUAAUAAGACCAAAAUUAAGACUGACUGGCUGCAUACUUUUUCUAUGUCCACAUGUUCUUUAGUUCACAUUUGUAUUAUGAUAGUGCUGAUUUGAAGUCUUCAGCAUCUUUUACAAGCAAAAUGACCAUGCCUGCAGUAUUGUCUUCUUGUAAGAUAACUUUUAAAUUGGGAAUUUAAAAUAUUAAUUGGUGAAAUCUUAAAAUCAUGUACAAAAAUUAUUUAAGCGCUAAAGUAUAUGCAAACUGCUUAGCCUUUGAACCCACUUUAAAGAUUUACUGUUUCACUAAAUUUCUUGCCAUUUUCCUUUGCAGAUUAUGCACAAUUCCUCAUUCUUGGCAGGGUAUGUUUUUGAAGCUAUGAAUAAUGCAUUAUAGUGAUUUACUUUCUCAAAGUUAUUCAUGGCUUCUUAUAAUGUUUUAAGUUUUAUUCUAUAAUUAGAUUUUUAAACAAAUAUUUUCAAAGAGGAUUUGUUGAAAUCAGAUUAGUUCUAUUUUAGAGAUUAAUUGAAGUGGCUUUUUCUUGCUUGUGCAUUUUUUCUGUGCUCCGUGCUCUUCACCAAUGUGAAAAGACCAAUGAGACAUCUAUUCAUUGGUGCCUAAAAUUCAUGAUUGCAAGGGGAGUGCAGAAUUAUUUUGAAGUAAUAAAUGCCAUUUUUUUCAUUUGUAUCAAUGAUAAAAGUGAAGCAAAUUUAUUCUAUUUUGAAUUCACACUAAAACAAAUGACAUACCAUAUUGCUAAUUUAUACCAAUGAAGUUAAAAUUUUAAACAUCUCUGUUUUAUCUACAUCGUAUUAAAAGCACUUAUCAUUGUCACUAAUUCUAAUUUUAAGCUUGACUUUUUCUGAAUGGCUUCAUCUGAAUUGGUGUGGAUUUUGAAGACUUGGGGUAUGAAUGAUUGUAUCUUUGCUAGUCAACAAAUUAUGAAAUAUGGUACUCACUGGCAUCAGCAUGUCAGUAAGUACAAGACACAAAUAACCUUUGCAAACUUUGAAGCUGUGUAAUAUUCCAAUGUUGUUUUUUUUUUCUUUGUAUAUAUAUUAAAUCAUGUAGGAUGUUGUAAAAUCAGUAUGACCUUGUCUAGUCUUCAAACUUAAAAUAAAACUUUUCAAAAUCUGG